UAGCUCAUCCCAGCAUCGCCUUUAAGGCUGGGCCACGCCUCCCAGAUUGGUGCAGCAGAGACAGUGCCUGGACGGGUGUAUCGGGUGUGGGAAUUCCAUCACCUUCCUCCCCUGCCCAUCAGGAUGGUGUCCUGGAUCAUCUCCAGACUGGUGGUACUGGUGUUCGGUACUUUAUAUCCAGCAUAUUCAUCAUACAAAGCUGUGAAGACAAAAAAUGUGAAAGAAUAUGUAAAAUGGAUGAUGUAUUGGAUUGUAUUUGCCUUUUUCACGACGGCAGAAACGUUAACUGAUAUUAUCCUUUCUUGGUUUCCUUUUUAUUUUGAGUUAAAGAUCGCUUUUGUUAUUUGGCUUCUAUCGCCUUAUACUAAAGGCUCUAGUGUGCUGUAUAGGAAAUUUGUCCAUCCAACACUUUCUAGUAAGGAGAAGGAAAUUGAUGAGUACAUUGCUCAGGCGAGGGACAAGAGCUAUGAAACUAUGAUGCGUGUUGGUAAAAGAGGCUUGAACAUUGCUGCUAAUGCUGCUGUCACUGCUGCUACCAAGGGUCAAGGAGUGUUGUCAGAGAAGUUACGAAGUUUCAGCAUGCAGGAUUUAACUCUCAUACAAGAAGACGACGCAGUGCAUCUGCAGAGUCCUGAGCCUCGGCUACGCAGUGCUUCCAGUGGGCUGGUGGAAAACAUUGUAGAUCCAGCUUCUACUACUUGUCCAGCAUCUGAAGACCAAAGGCAUAGUGUAAAGUCAGAUGGGGAACAGUCUGAAGUCAAAACUGAACAGUCUGAUGAAGAUGCCACUGAAAAAGUUCCCAAACGGACAGCAAGUGUCAAGACUGUAAAAAAGGUUACAAAAGUGGAGCCACAGAACAAGAAUGUCAAGGUUCGCCCCAAGAAGAAAACAACUGGAACCACUGUGCCUGGAGAAUCAGCAUGAAGCCUUAUCCUUCCGUUCAGAAUAUAACUUACCCGCUGCUCACCUGAAGCUCCUUGGAAGACUAUUGUGCUACAAUCGUGACAAGUACCACUAGUCAAUGGAUCACUCCUCGUCUGGGGGUCAGUACUUGCAGAAAAACGUGUGAUAAUACAAAUAUAUAGGCAAAUAUUCUACUGGGCCGCACUGCCUUGUGGAACGUGUUUAAAGUUUUUCAUGCACACUGACUUUUAAAUCAAACAGAAAACUCUAUAACAGUAAGAAGGGGAUUGAAAGAUGAAGAGAGGCUAACUUCUUUUGUGUCUGAUAUGCCUGGACUGAUGCUGAGUUACCGUCAACCAGCUCCGUGUUAGACUGAAUCUAGGUGCUCAGUCCUCUGCUAAUGGUUUUAGUUUACAGUGGCCUCACUAGUGCAAAUAAUAUGUACUUACCUUUUUAUUUAUAUGAUGACAGCCAAUGUUGUUUAUUUUCCUAAUUUCACUUAUCCUGAUUCUACUGUAAAGCUUGUAGUGCACUCAAAGAUUGUAGUAUAGGUGGGACUUGGUGACUGCAAUGCACUUUGGCAGCUAUUUCCACUAUAUAAUAGUACACAGUAAUGCUUACUAUAUAGUUUCACAUGAGCUGGCUUAUGGAUUAUUUAAUAUGCCAGAGUGUAUUACAUAGGGACAAUAUAUAAUAAGAACAUGGGCUGUACUGCCACUAUGGCAGAUAUUUUAGAAUAAUAUAAUUAAAAGGGAGAUUUGAGUUUGGAGUGAUCCAUAAUGAAGGUAAGUGAGAUGAGUCACGUGAUCACAAUGUAAUAUUCUGGUUAGAUUUAUGUCAAAAUCACUGGAGUACUUGGACUACCUCUACCAGUUAGAGACUUCUUAUAUUGCUACAUUGCAGACAAUUCUUUUUUUCUUGUUGGAAAUGAAAAGAAUGUAAAGUGGUACAGUACACUUAUCUCUGACGUUGCAAGUCUAUGAUGAGGACUAGCAAGAUGAGGGAGAAUGCAAAACUGACCUGUUUUUGACCGACGUCUGACAUUGAAAGGGAGAUUGGAUCUAGAUCCAUGUUCAAAUACUUCACCAACAUAUAUAGCUACGUUUUGCCAUUGAUCCAUACAAUUAUAAUAUGACAGAUGUCACUGUAUUAUGUCGAGGGGGAAAUCAGCUACAUCUUUGAUUUAUAUAACAGUAGACUAAUCUAAACCAAAAAGCAGGAUAUUUGCACACUGCUUAUUUUUUCAUACUCACCAACUUAAAGUCCUUUUUCCACUUCUAAUGUGAUGACUUCAAGCCCUCCAGCAAGGGUAGGUUAAAUCAGAUCUAGGAGGCCAAUUCUGCAACACCACAAGCUACUUAUCUCAUAAUGAAUACAGUAAAGCCGGAUACACACUACAGUUUUUUUUUUUUUUCUUGCGACCCCGUGGGUUGCCCAAAAAAAAAAAAAAGCUGACAGCCAAUGCUGAGCUGGGACGGCCCCCUGGCCAGAACACUCUGAUCAGCGCUCUCUGCCAUUGGCUGAAAGCACUGAUUGGGCGUCAUCGGCUGCUUUUCCAGCAUGCAUGUCCGACAGAAGCCGGCCGAACAGACCGACACAGGCAGAAUGUUGGCUGGUAUUUUUUGUACCGGAAAAUGUCUCCUGACAUUCUGCCCGUGUGUACAGGGCUUAAAGUGGUUGUGACAUAGUAUGUUUCUCAGGUGGAUCUGUUCGCGUAGGGAAGUUAAUGGCUGGUAACUAUUGGAUAUGUGGCUGGGAAUGUAGGAAAGCUUCAAACAGAAUGAAAAGUAAGCUUAAAGGUACACUCCAAACAAAAGGAAUUGUAAACGCAUACUUGUUAAUUCAGUUUUUCAUCUAGGCAUUACUGUCAUACAUCAGACUACCCCACUCUCUUUCUUUGGUAUCUGAGAAGUCCUGCUUCUUAUGGAGGCGAUUCAUUUCCAAACGCACUCACUGCAGGCUCCUUCUUAUAUCACACACUAAAAACCUGAUAAAAAAAGUUCAGCACUGUAAGCUUUCCACAGCCAUGAGUUAUUCAGACCUGCCCUGGAAGACUUAAAGCAAUCGGGGACACAUAAAGCAGAGCAAGAGAGGAGGUUACACCGCACGGUCUACUUCUAGUGCCCCUGUGAGGUGGUCUCUGGAUUGUAGCUGCAGUGCAAUACACAGAGCUCAGAUUAAAGUAAAUUGACAACAUUUUCUAAUUUUGUCAGCGUCUCCAGGAGAAUAAAUGAUGCAUGGAAUUGCUCUUUAGGUUUUAGCACAGUAUUCCCAAUCUAGCAUUUCGCACAAUUUAGAUACUGCGCCUUAAACAGCCUGAAAGUCUUUAAUUUGCUCUUCUAUGACAUAACACUAUCAUCAGGAUUUAAUGAUCACCGGGCAGCAGCACAUUCUUUUUCUGUAUAGUUACAAUGUGAUCAAUUUUUAAAAUGAUUGCAAGAUAACCGUUUGUUUCAGUAUUCAUAUAUUAAUUACAAAGCAGUGUACAGUGGGCCGGAGAGUGAAAAACACUCAUUGAGUUAUUAAUCUAAGGGACGUUUUCUCAACAAAAAACCCAGCAAGUUAUAUAGGCCCCUUACAAUUGUCAGGCUUAUUACCUGGCAGCACUUGCCUCUAAUUAUAAACCCCUGC